UCUUCAAAAUUGUGUUGUUAGUGAUAAAAAAAGCAUUUUUCUCAUUUGAUUGCAAACGUACAUUCAACUUUAGGCUACAAAUAUAUCUAAAAUGAAGAUUUUACUCCUUGUAGUUGCUUUUGCAAAUGCAUUAACAUUGUGUUCAUCUUUCAAGUUCAAUAAGCCGAGAAUUCUCUUGCCUAUUUUCAAUGAUAUUCGUGUUAAUUUCACACUACAAGUUCUGGAAAAAGGAUGUUUUAACUUUCGUGUAUCAUCAGGGCAAGACCUAAUCCAGUUAAAUCGUAUAGAAAACAACGAAAAUGAAGAAUGUGUCAACAAAGUUAUUGUAACAGCAAUUACAAAAGAGAAAAUCAGAAGCACAGGAGUUGUCCUUGCUGAACACAUUCAAACCGCCGAAAUAUUAAGAUGCGAUGUUAUUUUAGAUGUCAUAGACACUUUCAAUGUUCACACAACAACACGUGAAUUGUUCUUGGAAGAAGCUCCUGAAACAUUUGAAUUAAAAGCUCAAGAUGCAAAUGGAAAUGAUUUCACAACAUUAGAAGGUAUCGAAUUUAGUUGGAAACUUGGCUCACAGACAAAGGAUACAAAAAGUUCAUCAGAAAAAAAUAAUAAUUUUCAAGUCCUGCGUUUUGUAACUUUUAGUGAAAGUAAAUUUCAUCAGGUUCCAAAGGAGGUUGAAAAGUUUGAGACAACAGGACGUAAAGGUCACAUCAUUCUACUCGAAGGAAUCAAUUCCGGAUCGGGAAAAGUAAUUGUUAAACUUCCAUUCGAGGAAUAUAGAGAAAUUCCGCAAGUAGAAGUCGACAUAACAGUUCUUGCUAAUCUUUUGAUUGAUCCAGUAGACGUUAAUUGUCUUGUUGGUGACACUGUCAAUUUUCAAGUGCUUCAACUCAAACAAGGAAAGUUGGAAAAAAUAAUUCUUGGUCCACAAUAUUAUCUCGAAAUAGAAAACAAAUCAUGUGCAUCAAUUGUUGAGGGCAAAGCUUUAUGUCUUGAAUUGGGAUCAUCAUUAGUUACGUUACAUGAUCAAAAUUUAGUCGAAAGUUCAUCACGAGGACCUAAAGCCAGAAUAACGGUCUCAUUAGCUGACAGAAUUGCCAUCAAUUUACUUCCUUUCUAUAACUGGAUGACCAUAGUUAAUGAGAAACAUGAAAUUGUUUUCGAUUUAUAGACAAAGACCAAAUGAAAAAUUACUUUGGGUGAGAAUUUAAAAAUCUCAUCAACAUUCGAAAAAAAU